AUGACGAGUUUUUUAGUACAACUAUUGUCUUCUAAUAAACAUACCAGUGAUAACUAUGCUACGUGGAAAUCAAACAUAAAUACAAUAUUGGUGAUAGAUGACCUGCAAUUCAUUUUAAUAGAGGAGUAUCUUCCCAUUCCAAGCUUAAAUGCAAACCGAAAUGUUCGAGAUGCAUAUGACAGAAGGAUCAUGGCUUACGAGAAAGCCCGUGCCUGCAUUCUUGCCAGCAUAUCUGAUGUACUAGACAAGAAACAUGAGUGCAUGAGUAUUGCCAAGAAGAUUAUGGAAACUCUGUGUGGGAUGUUUGGACAACCGUCCUUCUCCCCAAAGGCAUGA